AUGGAUGAUAUAUGGAGCUCUACUACUUGUGAUGGUGUGCAAAGAUGCUUUCCAGAUGAUAAUAAUGGAAGUCGUAUACUAUCGACUUCUCGGCUCAGGAAGGUGGCUGAAUAUGUAAGUUCAGGUAACUCUACCACUAACAUGUCAUUCUUAGAUGCCAAUGAAAGUUGGAAUCUCUUCUGCAAUGUGUUUGGUCAAACAAAAUUUCUUUCCGUGUUUGAGCAAAUUGGAAGAAACAUAGUGAAGAAAUGUAAUGGAUUACCUCUAGCUAUUACUGUAAUAGCUAGUCUUCUCUCCAAGACAGAGGUGGCAAUGGAGAAGUGGAAUAAUAUUGCAGAAAAUGUGAGUAGAUAUGUAAUUGGGGAUUCUAAUGAUGCAUGUUCCAAAAUAUUAUAUUUGAGUUACAACCAAUUACCACACCACUUAAAAGCUUGUUUUCUAUAUUUUGGAGUUUUUCAAGAAGACUAUGAGAUGCCUGUGAAGAAGUUGGUUAGGUUGUGGGCGGCAGAGGGAUUUUUUAGGGCAGUGGACCAUCGAAAUAUGGAGGAAGUGGCCAUGGAAUGCUUGCAAGAUCUUGUUGAUAGAAGUCUUGUUUUUGUUAGCAAAAAGAGUUACAAUGGGAAAAUGAAGACAGUAAAAAUACAUGACUUGUUGCGUGAUUUGUGUUUGAGAGAAGCUCGACAUGAAAAUCUCUUGAAUGUCAUUGAAGAUGACAAACUUCCAUUUUACAAGAUGAAAUGCUAUUGUCGUUGGAUAAGCAAUGCAUCAUCAGAUUCUCAUCUACUUGCUUUGGCAAAGUGUUUUCACAGAUCACAUUCCUUACAUUUUCCUUAUAACUUUGAAUGUGUGGAACGUCUAUUUUUACACUUCAAACUACUAAGAGUAGUAGAAAUGGUGCAAACAUCUUCCCGUGAAUAUGAGGGACUAUAUUGUCUUGCAAAUCUUAUUCAUUUGAGAUACUUAGCUUUGUCGUAUAAAGAAUAUAACUCUUCCAAGCGGAGAUACUUUUCGUUGUGGUAUCCAGAAUAUCACGAGUUUCAUUUGAAGCGCUUUGAGAAUUGGAAUAUGCAAAGCUUUAUUGUUAGUGGAGUUAAUGCUACAUUGGAUUCCUCUUAG